UGGCAGCUAGGAGUGGAGGCAAUCCUCCUUUCUUUCAACUGGAGUGCUUCUCAUGAGCCAACCCCUGGCUCAGAGAAGAUGUUUUCCAUGAGGAUCGUCUGCCUGGUCCUGAGCGUGGUCAGCACAGUAUGGACUGCAGAUACAGAAAAAGAUGAAUUCUUAAAAAAAGGAGGAGGGGUGCGUGGCCCAAGAGUUGUGGAAGGACAGCAGUCUGACUGCAAAGUGGGGGACUGGCCCGUCUGUGCUGAUGAAGAGUGGAACCAAAAAUGCCCUUCUGGCUGCAGGAUGAAAGGGUUGAUUGAUGAAGUCAAUCAAGAUUUUACGAACAGAAUAAAUAAGCUCAAAAAUUCGCUCUUUGAUUAUCAAAAAAACAAUAAAGAUUCUAAUACGUUGACCAGGAAUAUAAUGGAGCUUUUGAGAGGGGACUUUGCCAACGCCAAUAACCAUGAUAAUACAUAUAAUCAAGUGUCAGAAGAUUUGAGAAGCAGAAUUGAGAUCCUGAAGCGCAAAGUAAUAGAGAAAGUACAGCAAAUACAGCUUCUGCAGAACAAUGUCAGGGCCCAGCUGAUAGAUAUGAAACGCCUGGAGGUGGACAUCGAUAUUAAGAUCCGAUCUUGCCAAGGGUCAUGUAGUAGGUCUGUAUCACGUGAGAUAGAUCUGAAGGACUAUGAAAACCAGCAGAGGCAACUUGAACAGAUCAUAUCCCAAAACUUACUUCCCUCUGCAGACAGGCAAUACUUACCCCUGAUAAAAAUGACUCCAGUCCCAGACUUGGUUCCUGGACAUUACAAGAGCCAGCUUCAAAAGGCCCCUCCAGAGUGGAAGGCGUUAACAGAAAUGCAACAGAUGAGGAUGGUGUUAGAGCGACACGGAAGAGAGGGGAGUGCCCGAGGAGACUCUCCAUCUUAUGGAACAGGGUCAGUGACAGAAAGGCCCAGGAACCCUGGAUCUUCUGGUACGGGACCAUGGAAUCCUGGAAGUUCUAGGCCUGGAAGUGGUGGAAAUUGGAACCCUGGGACUGCUGGAUCCGAUGGUACUGGACACUGGAAUCCUGGUAGCUCUGGACACAGUCAUAGUGGAAAUUGGAAUCCUGGAGGCUCUGGACAUGGAAGUUUUAGGCCAGAGAGUGGGGGCUAUGGGAACACCAGGCCUGCCAACCCAGACUGGGGGGAAUUUGAAGAGAUGACAGGAAAUAUAAAUCCAGGGACAAAGAAAGAAUAUAGCACAGGUAAACUGGUCACUUCUAAAGGAGAGAAAGAGCUCCUGAUUGGGAACGAGAAGGUCACCUCUGCUAGUACAACCACCUCACGUCGUUCGUGCUCAAAAACCAUCACUAAGACUGUGAUAGGUGCCGAUGGUCGCAGAGAAGUAACCAAAGAAGUGGUAAAUUCUGAAGAUCCUGCUGACUGUGGUGAUGCCACUGACCUAGACUCAAUGCACAGAGGCAGCCUGGCUGACUUUUCCAGACUGCACCCUGAGGAAGCUUCUUUCUUCGAAACUUCCUCAAUUGGGAAAACAUUCCCAGGUUUACUCCCACCUUCCUUCAAAGAGUUUGGCAGUAAGAUCCAAACUAUGGGCUCAGAAUCCGACACAGGGGAAACUGGCUCUCUUCAUGAUUUCCCCUCCAGUGGAAAAACUUCAAGUCACAGAAAACUUGUAACCAGUAGCACAACUUACAGUAGAGGAGGCUCCACAGUGGAAACCAAGAACUAUAAAAUGGCAGAUGAGGCUGGAAGUGAAGCCGGCCAUGAAGAAUUCCGAGAAGCCCAUACUAUCAAGAGAGGCCAUGCCAAGUCUCGUCCUUCCAGAGACUGUGAUGAUGUCCUCCAAACACAUCCUUCAGGUGCCCAAAGUGGCAUUUUCAAUAUCAAGCUACCAGGAUCCAGUAAGAUUUUUUCUGUUUAUUGCGAUCAAGAGACCAGUUUGGGAGGAUGGCUUUUGAUCCAGCAAAGAAUGGAUGGAUCACUGAAUUUUAACCGGACCUGGCAAGACUACAAGAGAGGUUUCGGCAGCCUGAAUGACAAGGGGGAAGGAGAAUUCUGGCUAGGCAAUGACUACCUCCACUUACUCACACAGAGGGGCUCUAUCCUUAGGGUAGAAUUGGAGGACUGGGAUGGGAAAGGGGCUUAUGCGGAGUACCACUUGCGGGUGGGCUCUGAGGAGGAAGGAUAUGCUCUGCAGGUUUCCUCCUAUACGGGCACUGCUGGGGAUGCUCUGAUUGAGGGUUCUGUGGAAGAAGGGACCGAAUACACUUCUCACAAUGCCAUGCAAUUCAGUACCUUCGACAGGGAUGCAGACCAGUGGGAAGAGAACUGUGCAGAAGUCUACGGAGGGGGCUGGUGGUACAACAACUGCCAGGCAGCCAACCUCAAUGGCAUCUUCUACCCUGGGGGCUCCUAUGACCCAAGGAACAACAGCCCUUAUGAGAUUGAGAAUGGAGUGGUCUGGGUCCCCUUUAGAGGAGCAGAUUAUUCCCUGAGGGUUGUCCGCAUGAAAAUCAGGCCCCUGGUGAGCCAGUAGGCCAAAGCAGUGGGAAUGGGGACAGAAAGGCUUGGUUUGUUUAGCAAAGUGGAGAGAAAAUAAGGAAGAUAAAGGAGUCAAGAUUCUUUACCACCUAUUAAAAAUGCCCAGGUGCUAUUUCAUUGUUCUUUGUACUGUAGCCAAAUGUAACUGAGACAUAUUAGUGCUUUGAAAAAUAAAAUAAUCAAACUUUUUUUUACCUUUUAA